AUGAUGGAUCUGACGAAUGACACCACGGUCAUCACAGCCAGCGACGGGGGUGUCUUAUUGGAUGACUCCUCAACCCGCGUCCUGACUGGCUGUUUCCUCUCGCUGCUCAUCCUCUCCACGUUGCUCGGCAACAUCCUUGUGUGCGCCGCCGUCACCAAGUGCCGUCACCUGCGUUCCAAAGUCACCAACUUCUUUGUGAUUUCGUUGGCCGUCUCCGACCUCCUGGUCGCUGUCCUGGUGAUGCCGUGGAAGGCCGUGACGGAGGUCGCAGGGUUCUGGCCAUUUGGCUCGUUCUGCGACACCUGGGUGGCGUUCGACAUCAUGUGCUCCACGGCGUCCAUCUUGAACCUGUGUGUGAUCAGCGUGGACCGUUACUGGGCGAUAUCCAGCCCGUUCCGCUAUGAGAGGAAGAUGACUCCUAAAGUGGCGUUCGUGAUGAUCAGCGUGGCCUGGACGCUCUCCGUCCUCAUCUCCUUCAUCCCCGUCCAGCUCAACUGGCACAAAGCCCAGACCUUUACCUCUACCUCCAUCACUACCUCCACAACCACCCCCUACAGCCUCCAGGCCUCCCCAGACUCCUCUAACCCUGUUGGGGAUAACAACACACAUCAGGCCCCCCGGGACUGGGACAACUGUCACUUCAGCCUGAACCGGACCUACGCCAUCUUCACCUCUCUGAUCAGCUUCUAUAUCCCAGUGAUCAUCAUGGUGGCCACCUACACCCAGAUCUACCGCAUCACCCACCGUCAGAUCAGAUGCAUCGCCACCCUAGAACGGGCCGCAGAGAGCGUCAAGAACCGACACAACAGCUUGGGUGGAGGCGGUGGAGGAUCCAGCAUAUCCGAAUCAGAGAGCUCGUUCAAGAUGACGUUCAAACGGGAGACAAAGGUCCUGAAGACGCUGACUCUGAUCGUGGGCGUGUUCGUGUGCUGCUGGCUGCCCUUCUUCGUCCUGAACUGCAUGGUGCCGUUCUGUGAGCUGUCGCCCCCCGGUGGCGUGGCCUCCUUCACCUGUAUCAGCCCCACUAUGUUUGAUGUGUUUGUGUGGUUGGGCUGGGCCAACUCUUCUCUCAACCCCAUCAUAUAUGCCUUCAACCCAGACUUCCGCAAGGCGUUCUCUAUCCUCCUGGGCUGCCACAGACUCUGUCCUGGAGAUCACGGGAUGGACACGUUCUGUCUCAAUAAGAAAUGAGCUCAGAGCCUCAGAACUCCCACUGGUAGUACAACAUCUGCUGAGACACUGGUCUCAGAAGAGGAUCUACAGGACCGGCUGUCAUGGAACAACAGAGAACUAUGGCAUGCCAUCAUCUGGUGCAUUGUAUCGCCAUAAGCAAGCAGAGGAAGCACUACAACCUUGGUGUAAAAAGGUUUGAUGUUGUCAUUGAGGGUUCCGCCACCUAACAUGCAGUUUGAUCUGAAAUGGCACUGCAAUGAGAGAUGAGUGACCCUUUGCAGUGUCCCUGACUGUGCAGUGAAUGCGGUAAGUCUAGUGACACAGUGUCUCUGUAGAGUAGAUACUACAGUGAGUCAGGGCCUCAGACUGGGCUCUGAUCCAGUGAUCCAGUGUCUCUGUGGGCUGUCCAGUGAUCCAGUGAUCUAGUAGACAUGAAAAAGGGUGAAGGAUUUGAUAUUAUGACUGUGUGUGACAGAGUACAGGAAGAGUGGUGCUAACGAUUCUCUGAGACUGAUAAUCCACAGACUGGGCUGGCAACACGCACACACACGCACGCACGCACGCACGCACGCACACACACACACACACACACACACACACACACACACACACACACACUGACCGCUACAGAUCUCAAACGUCAUAGGGUUUUAAGACUCAAACCAAAUCAUAUUUAUGUAUGAACAUAAACAUGUGAAUGAAUGACUUAAAAACGUCUCUACUGAGGCAGCUAGAAGGAUUUCAGACUGUCCAAUAGAGAUUGAUAUUGUGUGCAUUAUUGUGAACUUAACAGAAUGUUAAAAAACAGGACACUUUAUUAGAAAAGUGAAGAGCUUAAAUACAGUACUUCAAGAAAAUAUGUUAUUUUUUACAAUGUGUUCUCUUGCAAACAGUAACUUUGAGUGUGUUCUUGUUAAAGUCCAUACCUAUACUUCCAUUGUUUUAAUUGAUGGGGGAACGCCAAAUGAUGGUCAACUGAAUAAUCUUUCUAAUGAUGGUAAUGAAAUUCAGAAAGCUUAAGGCUAUUUCAUAACAAACAUCAAUUUAAUUUGGACCACCAUUUUCAAUCCCCCUCCAAAGUGUUUUACCUUAUUAAUGAGCUCCUCAUCUUGCAUUGUGUCUGUGGGUUUUCCAAAGCAAUGCCAGGUGGCCCAACUAGCUCUCACGGUCUCACUGCAGAAUUAGACGUUCAUCCACGUUCUCCAAACGUCAGAUUUGGAAGUGUUCUUGUUUCUCCUGCUGCUCUGUAUCCUUCCAUUUCUCCAAACGUCACAUUUUGAAGUUAAGGGUUAAGUUUAGGCGCUCAUUCCAAAUGGUUAAGGUAAGGGGUUAAGGUUUGGGAUAGGGUAUAACAAAAAACAAAAAAAGUCUCGCAUUUCACUACAUCCUCAGGACAUGGAUAGAUGUCCAAUUUCAACGCCAAUCUUGAACGAUCUCCCUCGGUGGCCAGCUAUUACAUAGUCAUUUUAGGAAUAUUUGAAUAAUUUUUGUGUCAUGUCUGAAUUUCUCAUGAAAAGUUUCCCUUAAUUAACUAGAGGUGAAACUAAUUAAAACAAAUGACCGUGUGAUUGUCAUGAAACCGACAUGGAGCCGAGAAAGAAA